AUGGACCGAAGUUGGAUAAAUUUAAAAGAUCAAGCUUCUAGUGAAUAUUUUGAUGGUGUUGCUAACUUUAUCGAAAUUGCAACUAAUCAUUUAGACGAGGAGGAAAUAACAAGAUGUCCUUGUUCAAAUUUUUUGAAUGUCAAUUGGAAUAGAUUAGACGUUAUAGAACGUCAUUUGUAUAAAUAUGGUAUGUCUCCGACUUAUAAGCGAUGGAUAUUUCAUGGAGAUACUGUUGAUCUUUCUCCAUUUUUAAGGUCUAAUUCGAGGUUUCUAGGUGCAACGUUUUCCAAUGUAAGUGAAUGUAGAGAAGAGAAUGUAAAUCUUAGAGAAAACAUUAGAGUUAGAGAUACUAUGGAUGAUGAGAUGGUAGAGAUGAUUCAUGAUCUACAUGGGCCAACGUUUGAAGAAUGUAGAAGAGAAUCAAACGAGCAAGAUGAGUUCGAUAAAAUAAGUGAAAUGUUUCCUGAAAUAGAAGAGGAUUUAUAUCUGGGAUGUCUAAAGUUCGCUUCAUUUAAUUUUUUAGUGAAACUUAUGCACAUUAAGCUACAUGCCUCCUACUAUGAAGCUAAGAAGAGACUACGUGACCUAGGGAUGGGAUAUGAAUCAAUUCAUGUGUGCAAAUUUGAUUGUGCCUUAUCUUGGAAAGAUUAUACAUCACUUGACAAAUGUCCGCAUUGUGGAGAGUCUAGAUAUAGGUGGAAUGAUAGAAAGGGGAAACAAAUUCCACAUAAGGUGCUAAGAUAUUUUCCACUAAAGGCAAGGUUGCAAAGAUUAUUUCUUUCAAAACAUAUAGAGGAUAUGAGGUGGCACAAAGAUAAGAGGUGUGAAACUGAAGGUAUACUUCGACAUCCUGCUGAUGCUGAGGGGUGGAAACAUUUUGAUGAACAAUAUCCUUGUUUUGCUUCAGACGCUCGAAAUGUCAGAUUAGCACUUUCUUCUGAUGGGUUUAAUCCAUUUGGAAACAUGAGCACAUCAUACAACAUGUGGCCAGUAAUACUCAUUCCAUACAACUUGCCUCCUUGGAAGUGUAUGAAAGCACCAUUCACUUUUCUAUCUUUACUCAUCCCUGGUCCAAGGUCUCUUGACAAAGAAAUUGAUAUUUACUUACAACCAUUGAUAGAUGAGUUAAAUGAGUUGUGGGUGGAUGGUAUUCAAACGUACGAUAGUUUCAAUGCUUCUUUCUUCCAACUCCGAGCUGCAUUGUUGUGGACAAUAAAUGAUUUUCCAGGUUAUGGUGAUUUAUCUGGUUGGAGGACAAAAGGUUAUAAAGCAUGCCCAGUUUGA